AUGCUCAGAGCAGCCUUGGUCUUGGCCUGUUUGGCUGUUACUUCCAUAGCCUCUGAAGGAGGCCUCAAACCUUCCAGUCAGAGGGAGUUGGGGCCAGAGCAACUUCAAGAAGUUGGCUAUGCAGCACCUCCUUCCCCACCCCUGAAACAAGCCAGGGACCACCGUGACACCUCUCUGGAACACUUUGAGGAACAGAGUGAAGUGCAGUCCUUUUCCUCCUUCUUUGACCAGAUCCUUUUGGAGAGUGAAUUCUUCUCUCUGGACAAGGACCUCCCUAUCCCCGAGGACUCCCCUGCCCCUGGGAAAGUGGUCCAAGAAGAAGUGAACCCUCCCCAGGGCCCUAUUGAACAGAAGGAGGGAAAGCCAGCUCCCCUCACCCAGCAAGGCCCAGGCCAGCACUGCCAACAGGGCCGACCCCAAGGCGGCUGGAGCCACCAGCUGGAUGGCUUCCCCCCUGGGCGGCCUUCUCCGGACAACCUAGACCAGAUCUGCCUUCCGACGCGCCAACAUGUGGUGUACGGCCCUUGGAACCUGCCCCAGUCUGGCUACUCCCACCUCAGUCGCCAGGGUGAGACCCUCAAUAUGCUGGAGACGGGAUAUUCCCGCUGCUGCCGCUGUCACUACUAUGCAAAGCGCAUGGAUUGUGCAAAACUUGUGUGGGAGGACGCAAUGAACCAGUUCUGUGAGGCCGAGUUUUCUAUCAAGACCCGACCCCACUCGUGCUGCAAACAGCAGGGGGAGGCUCGGUUCUCCUGCUUCCAGGAGGAAGCUUCCCAGCCGCACUACAGGCUCCAGGCCUGCUCCAGCCACCAGUCUGUGAUAUCCAUGGGCCUGGAGCUGCCUUUCCCCCCUGCGAUGCCCAUCCUGGACAAUAUCAAGUACAUCUGCCUCGCAAGACGCUUCCGCUCGGUGCCACGCAACCUCCCACCCACUGACCAGCUCCAGAGGCAGCUGCGGGCGCUGAGCCGCCUGGAGCUGGAGUUCCAGCGCUGCUGCCGGCAGGGGAGUAACCACACCUGUGCCUGGAAGGCUUGGGAGGAGUCCCUCGAUGGCUACUGUGAGCGAGAACUGGCUAUAAAGACCCACCCCCACUCCUGCUGCCGGCACCCUCCCAGCCCGAAACGCGACGAAUGCUUCGCCCAAAAGGCUCCCUUCCCCAAAUAUGACCGGGAUCUCCUGACCGUUGACCUCAGCCGAGUCACCCCCAACAUCAUGUACUAUAUCUGUGGAAACCAGAGAGUUAUCUCCAAGCAUAAGCAGAUUCCUGGGCUGAUCCGAAACAUGACUGACCGCUGCUGUAAGCUGCCCCUUCCAGAGCAAGCCUGCUGUGCCGAGGAGGAGAAAACAUCCUACAUCAGUGACCUGUGUGGCCCCCAGCGUGACUUCUGGCGAGACCCUGCCUUCUGCUGUAAGAUGAGUCCUGGGGACGAACAGACCAACUGCUUCAACGUCAACUACCUGAGGAAUGUGGCUCUGGUGGCCGGGGACUGGGGGGACGCCAAGGGCCAGGAGAAACAGGACCCGACUCAGGGAACAACUAGCAGCCCCACCUCUGAAGCCAAGGAAAAGUGA